CAGCGCGAGCUUACAGAAGUAGAGGAGCUCCAUCUUGAUUGGAGGAAGUAAUUCCAACAACAAAGAAAGAUGGCUGAAGUAAUAGAGCUCCAGAAGCUGAAGCUCGCUGAGUUGAGGCAGGAAUGCGAGGCCAGAGGUCUGGAGACCAAAGGAAACAAGGGCGAGCUCAUCGCCCGGCUGCAGGCUUACCUGGAUGAGCAUGAGGAAGAUCCGGAUGUGAACAUAGAUGAUGUUUUGGCAGAGGAUGCAGAGGAAGUUGAGGGGGCCCCCAUGAAGACCAUCAAGGAUCCUCCAUCUGCUGAGUGUGAGCCAGCUGCUGCAAAGAAAGUGGUGAAGAUAUCCCCUCCAUCAUCUGCCAGCGAAAAACUACAGAAGAGAGCUGAGCGUUUCAAUUUGCCUGCAUCAGCUGAAAGCAAGAAGGCCAUGCGCGCUGCAAGGUUUGGCUUACCCACUGCUUCAAGUCCCUCUCCAGGCCUUGUUGCAAACAGCAAAGCUUCAAAGGUGGAUAUCGACCAGUUGAAGAAGCGAGCUGAAAGAUUCGGCAUGAACGUUUCAUCCAUUUCGCUAAAGGUCGAAGAGGAUGAAAAGCUGAAGAAAAGGAAGGAGAGGUUUGGAAUCCUAACAAGUUCCGCUUCAGCCGGUUCAGGCGAUAUCGAGGCAAAGAAAAUGAAGCGAGCUGAACGAUUUGGAAAAGUGUAAAUAAUUAAUGUUGGUUUUAAUGCUAAGGUUUUUUUUUUUUUUCUAAAACAUUUUCAUUACUGUACACUGCUUCAUUUCUCUGUCCAUUUUGUAACAUUUUGUGAUUUAAAAUAAAUCGUUUUCAAUUUUUUGAUA